AUGGGCGGCUGGGGACCUCGCAACCUCAAGCGCUACCGGGGCUUACACCGGGCGCAGAGCACCAUUCUCAUACAGAUGCGGACCGGCUUCAUAGGCCUGAACUCUUUCCUGUAUCCCAAAGGGAUGCCCACACAGUUGAGCACCUCCUUUUUUGAUUGUCCCCUCCUACGCAACGCUAGAAGGAAUCUUCCCAUCACGCAAUGGCUAUGCGUACGGAUCGAGAUCCGCCAUCGUAUGUCGCCGAGAUUUCGGAUUCGCGGUCUUUGUGACCUGCUCGACGAGUUCCCAGGCACCGUUUCGACAUGGGCGAUUCACGACUUUGAACUCGCCCAGUUCGUGUGGACGGACCGAUACAUGAUGGACGGUCCGUCCACCCAAAGCCCGAACAUCAUCAACCGCGAAUCAAUGGCCUCUCCAUCGCUUUUUCCCUCGCUACCCCGAGAGAUACGGGAUAAAAUAUACGAGCACUACCUCACGGUCCCAGGCGGAUACGUAUGCGACCCUGACCGCUUUGCCGCCAGCGCGCUGGCCCGCACCGAAGAGCAGCCCGACUUCAGCAUUGUCGGGGUGCUGAAAGGCGCGGACGGCCAGCCAAUCGAUCUCAACCUCUCCUACACAUGCCGACCCGUCGCUUCGGAAAUGCACUGCCUCGCUCUUCGCACCAACACCAUCACCUUCUCAACUGUCACUUCAGAUGAGCUCCGCAUCCUCGCUUUGUCGCUCCAAAGGGGGAUGAGACCGUACGUGGACGGUUAUCGACAAGAGAUGAUCUACCAUGCCGCCCAAGCCCUGCCGACUAAGAUCGUGGAUGAACUGAAGCUCAAGUAUCCACCUUUUGUUUUAGUUUUGGAGAGGAUGAGAGAAGGUCCAACCGACCUCGAAACGAUGCUGAGUUCCCAACCAUGCAAGGGAGCACCAUAUGGCGAGGCGAGGUCGCUCUGGUCGAACUUCUGCAGGGAUGUGGUUCAAGCCAACCUACCCCUGGACACUGAGCAGACAGCCAUCCGUCGGUAUUGGAUUGAAUCCGACUAUUUCAAUACGGCCAGUUCGUCUGAAAAGGUCGCCAGAGCUAUUCCCCGCCUCGUUGGCAUUGUCGAUUGUCCGCUCAACCACUGGUCCAUUCCAACCGACCGGGCCUUGGGAGCUUACGCGCCGAGAAAAGAAUUCGACCUCGAAAACGCACGAACCAAGAAAGAUCGCAUCAAGUAUCGCUUCCCGGCCGCAGCGGUGGCUAUUCUCUUCCUGCAGUCUCUCGGUGACAGGCGCUGUGGGCAGCUGCGCAAGAUUGUCUUGCACGAAGACUGA